UUCUGACGUGGGGGAGUAAAACACGGCGCAGCUGCAAACCACAAAGUGCGUGACCAGUGCAGCCCACUCGUCAGCGUUCGGUCGUUUCCGAUAUACCAUCCUAUCGCUGGUCGUACCUCCAUCACCAGUCGCCAUGAACUGUUUCUCUGCGACGAAGCUAUCGUGGAACCGCUACCUGGUCUGCAAGCGGUACCUGGGUACCAGCGGGCCAAGAUGGCGACGAAACUACCCGCUCUCCGCGAACGAAAUGCCUCGAAGUGGCGGCAUCGCUUCUAUGAUGCGUUUACCAGUGCAGGCAACAACGCAAGGACUCGAUGCCUGUUUUGUUGGAGUGCCGUUGGACUCUGGGACAUCCAAUCGAUCCGGGGCUCGUCUGGGACCACGUCACAUCCGGCAAGAGUCCUCACUGCUGAGGCAGGCGAACCCUAUGUUGGGCACGAUUCCAUUCGACAGCAUCCAGGUGGCCGACGUUGGCGACGUGUGCAUGAACAUCUACGAUCUGCCAACGGCCGUUAAGCAGAUCAAGGCCGCCUUCGACAAGCUCAUCGUUAACGGUUGCGUACCCCUUACCAUGGGUGGCGACCACACCAUCUCUUACCCCAUCCUACAGGCCAUAAAGGACAAGUACGGCCCGGUGGGCCUGGUGCACGUGGACGCUCAUGCUGAUGUCAAUGACACCAUGCUGGGGGCCAAAAUCGCUCAUGGCACCCCCUUCCGGCGCGCCUUCGAGUAUGGCAGUCUGGACGGCCGGCGGGUCAUACAGAUCGGAUUGCGAGGCACAGCUUAUGACUUGGAUGGCUACAAGUGGUCCACCGAGCAGGGCUUCCGGGUAGUUCCGGCCUCGGACUGCUGGAACAAAUCCCUCAAACCUCUCAUGACUGAAGUGCGCAGCAUGAUGGGAAGUGGGCCUGUCUACCUGUCGUUUGACAUUGACAGCCUUGACCCCUGCUUCGCACCUGGGACAGGAACUCCUGAGAUCGCGGGGUUGACAAUCUACCAGGCUCUCGAGAUCAUCCACGGGUGUCAGGGCCUCAACAUCGUGGGGGCGGACCUGGUGGAGGUGUCGCCUCCAUAUGAUGUCGGUUCUAUGACCUCACUGACAGCCGCCAACUUGCUGUUUGAAAUGCUGUGUGUUGUUCAGCUGAGCAAAACAGUCAAGAACAAGUAACUGGGAGAAACGAUUCCAUUUGUAUAACCCAGAAUAAGGUCUUAAAACGGACUUUACCUUGUUUGAAUAUGUCGAUGUUCUGUAUUAUUUAGACGAACAAAACAUUCAUGUACCAUGUACAACUCUGUCCAUGUUCUGUAUGAUUUAGACGAACAUGAACCAAACACUCAAGAACAAGUGACCUGAAGAGACCACUACGAUUCCAUUCGUUUUAUAACCCAGGAUAAUCUCUUAAAAUGAGAUUUCGAUGCAAAUAAUAAAUGAACAUACAAAUAAAGAUAUUAAGGAGAA